AUGCAACAGUUCCCACAGAGACAACACCGAUUACAGCUGCAGCAGCUGGUGAUGCAGCAGAGCCAACAGCGCCGCUGUGAAAGGAAGAGAAGCAGUUCCAUAGAUGGCCGUUUUGAGGAGAAAGUCUCUGAAGGGAACAGCAGUACGGCUUUUCGUCGAUCUAUAGCAAUACCGGGACUCGUGGAAGCUGCUGCUGGAAAUGUAUUGCCUGCAUCUGCUGAGACCUGGCAGCGGCAGCAGGGGGAACACGAGAGGCAGAGGCACCUACAGCGACAGGGACAGCAUACAGAAAUAGGCUCUUCUGCUGAGCACCAACAUAUGAGUCACCCUCACGCUUGCCGCGGGCAAAACCCCAGCCGACACCGACAAAGGCUCCCAAGCAAAGGGGCAUUUCCCUGUCGUGCGCGAGAUCCUCAGCCGAGCAGCCACAGAAGCAGUCGUAGCAACAGUUCCGGAGGGCAAAAUUACUCAAACCAAACGGAAAUGUACUGCUCUUCGCGCCUCAGCAGCAACUGCUCAGGUCCUGCAAGUCAUCGCAGCAGCAGUAGCAGCAGCAGCAGGAGAAACAGAAAAAACAGAGGCACAGUCGGGGGCAUGCUGAAGGGAAGCAGCCGGCAGCUGCUCAGGAAAAUCAGCGCGGGUCCUGAUGGCAGAGAGAGAGGUAAAAAGCAAGCAACAGGCAGCGCCAGACCUAACAGCAACAGCAUCAACAGGUACAGUAGUAAAAACAGCAGCAAUAGACGCGUUCCCUGUAGAUCGCGUGCCAUACCCUGGAAGCAGCAGUCCCAGCAGUCGGAGGAUGGAAAGAUACAACGCGAAAUAAAGCCUCGACAACAGAGGCAUUGUCAGCGGGUGCAACAGCAAGAAUAUCAUAGCGACUGCAGCAUAUGCAGCAAGGACUCGGUUGCCUCUCUGAUUUCCCGCAGUCGUCGCCUUCUCCUAGGAGACGGUUCUACCUAUCGAGAACAGCAUCGCCAUCACACACUGCGCAAGUGGCAACAGGAACAAUUGCUGCAACAGAGACGGUUGGAAACACGGAGUCGAUCAUUGCAAUGUAAGGACAUAGAGGGACGAAAAGGGAGAGAAGAGAACCAACAGAGCCGCCGAAUCACCAGCAGGAGCAGCAGUUGCAGAUCCCCCAGCAGCACCAACAGCAUCAGCCGCACAAAGAACAAAUCCAACGCUUUGAACGAACGAUGUAUUAUUGAGGACUCUUCGCCUCAGCCAUUCUAUCAAUGCAACGACGAAAAGAACAAUGCCAGACCGCCUGAGCAGCAACAGAAACUGCCGCAAGGAGAAGAGGGGCAACAUUUCCAGCAACAGCACGGAGGUAGGGGAUCGAACGUUCGAGGAAUGGAAGAUGCAGUACAACACGAAAGACUGCUGCUGCAACAGGAGGAACGACAACGGCAGCAACUCAAGGAGCUUCACGCUCAACAGCAGGAGCUGCAGCAGCAGCAGUUAGACCACCAAAUGGCCGAAAAGCUGUUGAUGCAGAAGCAGCAACAGCUGCAACAGAAGGAGCUUGCGCUGCAUUCCAGACAGCAGCGACAACAGCAGCAUGCAGCCAGCCUUCAGCGUCAGCAAGGGCGUCUCACUGCCGCGGCAGCUGCUGUUGGUUCGCUGCAGCAACAGCUUCAGCUUCUCCGAGUUUUACUACAGCACAACAUAAGAGACGCUGCAAGGUGGAUGGAAAGCAGCCUCCUGGGGUUUAAAUCUAUCUGUGACAGACAGGUUGGAGCAGUUGCAUCGGCAGCAGCUGAGGCAGCUGCAGCGCAUGACCAGCAGAAACAGCAACUGCAGCAAAGCAUCACUUUGCUGGAACUGGAGCUGCAGCGCACUGCUGGAGCAAUGCAGCAACAAGAGAAGCUUGUAGAAACCCUGCGAGCUCAGCAGGACCAAGAACGUGAGGCAGCAGCAGUGGCAGCAGCGCAACAGAUUGAGGAGCGCCUAAAGAACCAGCACUCAAUGCACCAGCAACACCUGGAACAGAUUCAAGAGCUCCAAGUAGCCCACCAGAAGCAGCAGGAAGCCCAGCAGCAGCAUCAAAGGGAACUGCAGGAUCAGCUGCUUCAGCAGCAGCAAGCGGCCAACCACGAAAGGGAGAAGUUGCAGCAGAAGUUACAGGAGGCUCAGGAAGCAUUAGAAACUCUCAGACUGCAGAGAGAAGAUGAAAGGGCGGAAAAGGAUAAGCAGCAACGGGCCGAGGCAGCCGAACUGCGUCGGCUAAAAGAAAGCAACAUCCUCCUCCUCCAGAAGGUGCAGCAGCAGGAGCAACAAAUACAGCAGCAGCAGCAGCAGCUGACCAUGCUGCAGGAGCAGGCCGAGAAAGACGCGCAGCACCGGCAGGAGCAGCAGCAACAGCAGGAGCAGCAAAUGCUGCAAGCCGUCCAACAGUUGAAUGCAGCUGCCUCUCACAAGGAGGCCAGACUGCAGAGUCUGCAGCGCGAGAAAGAAGCGGACAAGCUGCAACUCGAGAGGGAGAGGCAAAUGGUGCUGCUGCAGUCUGAGGAGCUGGAGGAAGCGCGCAAAAGGCUCAGUGCAGCAGCUUCACUGCAGCAGCAACAACAGCAGGCACUCCACGAGCAGCAUCAGCAACUAUUACGGCUGCAGCGGAAGCACCAGCAGCAAAAUGACGAAGUCGUAGCAUUGCAGCAGCAGUUGCAGCAGCUUCAACAGCAGAAUGAAGCUGCUGAACGGGAGCACGAAGAGCGAUAUGCGCGCCUGCAGGCUGAGUCAAGUCAGCGGUUACAGCAGUUGCUACUGCAAGAGCAGCAACUGCGGAGGGAGGUUGCGGCACAGCGCGAGUUGUUGCGAAAGGGCAACAGCAGCACCGACGAGCUGUUGCUGGCGAAGCACGAGCUAAAUACUCUAAAGCAUGAAUUGCAGGACCUACUAGCUGAGGAAACAGGAAAGCGUGAGACGCUGCAGCAACAAAAUGAGCAGCAAAGGCAGCAAAUCGCCACAAAGCAGCAGCUCCUGCGCUGUCUCAUGCAAGAGAAGGCAGCCCUAGAAGCACAGCUAUCUCAACUACAGCAACAACAGCAGCAACAAAAGCAGCAAUAUGAAGACGCGUGCAAGCAACACCUCGCACAGACCCUCAAGCUGCAGCAGCAGAGCGAGGCAGAGCAGCAAAGAGUGGAGCAUCUACAGGACAAACUGGAGCAGCAGCAACAGCAGUUGCUGCUCCAGCAACAAAAGCUCGACUUUCUUGCUCGCCAGAACGAGGAGAAGCAGCAGCAGCUGCUGCUGCUACAGAGGGAAGAAGCAGCACUCCAUGACCGUCUAGAUUCAGAGGCAGCAAGAGCAAACAAGCUGAAAGAUACACUUUCUGCGGCGCAACAGACGGUCCAACAGCAGCGACAGCAACUGCUACUUCUGCAAAAGUCGUGCAUGCGAGGAGGGGAACAAAUCGACGAGGACCUUCUCAAACAAACCAGUCCAGGCAAACAUGCAGAGGCACAAGAAACCUCGGCUGCUGUUAUUGGUGCUGCCCCUGGUGAUGCAGUAGACCCACGUGCAUCGUCGGUUUCUUUUGAGUGUAUAAAGGUUGAACAGCUGCCCAGAGCAUUUGAGGCAGAUGCACAAACUGUGGAUGGAACGGCGGAAGGUAGCAAGCAUUCGCUGGUCGCUUCGCGGCUCCAGAAGUUGCCGCUGGAAGCUCUUGACAUAUCUAAAGCUAAGGAUAAACAGCAGCAGCAAGGGGGAAACAGGUCGGAACCAUCUAAGCAAAACCGCCAGAGUAGCGCAGAUACCUGUGACACUGAGGCACAUGCAGAUUGCAACAGCAGCAGCUGCAGCUUUCACGCUGUGGCCGAAGAACAGCGCAGCAGCAGAUGUAGCAGCAACAGCUCCAUCCGAACAAGUAGUGCAACAAGCGACAGCAGCAAUUGCAGUUACAGCAGUAACACCAAAUGCAAAAAUUCUCCGAUGUUGUUGCGCCAGCGGGCUAAAUCAACUGGCAGUGCCAGCAGCAGCCGCGGUGAGGAGAACCAGCAGCAGCCCCUUCAGCCCGGAGACACACCUCGGUUCGGUCCAGCUGCCUAUUUGUUGCAUAAAUUGACCAGUUCAAGCAGCCCAUGCGACAACAAGCAGGAACAGAAGCAGCAGCGACAGGUGGAGGAAGCAUCAGCAGGCAGCAGGGAUAUGGAAAGAACUUGCGGCACCCGAGACAGCAGUGGAGACAACCACCUUGCGAUGCUGCAACUCGAGCUGAAUGGACUCCGUCGCUCAACCUUUGCUGCUAGAAAGCGCAUGAGGCAGCUUCAGCAGCAGAGACAGGAUGUACGGCAGCAGCGCCAAAGUAUCGAAACGCAACAGAAGCAACGACAACAAGAAGAAGCUGAAGUAUAUGAGCUGCUGGCGCAGCAGUCCUGCUGCUGUGAAAUAGCGUAUCAAGACCUCCUACAGCAAAGCGCUCGCUUUGCUGCGGCAGUUAGGAACAAGCAGAGGCUUGAGGUUGCUGCUGCCGUGGCUGCCGCAGGGGACCCUGAAUCCGCAGGAACAGAGAGUGUACCGACAGCAGCAGCGACAACGGCUGGUGACGCAGCACGCUGCCACUUUGGAGGUUUGCUUGCUGCGUCGCAUGACGCAGACAAGGAGGAGGCUCUGCGAAUACUGUUAGCCACAGCCGGAAGGGACAAAGUGUGCACUGCAAUUCAGUACUGGGCAAGGGAAGCUAGCAGCGCCAAGUGGAUACUCCAGCGAGCACAUGCGGAGAGAGAUACAGCAGCAAACAUCAGGCAGAAUGCUCAGCAAAAGUUGCAGCAGCUGCAGCAACAGGCAGAUGAAAGAAGGCGGCAGGUGCAGAAGUUGAAACGGGAGGAGCUCGCACUGCAGUCGGAGGAGGCGUUAUGCAGGGAUGAGCUGCUUCAUUUGGCCAACAAGGAGCAGCAGCUGCUACUACAAUUCCGUCAAGGGAGCGGCGACAGCAGCAGAAACCGCAGCAGAUUCCGCCUCUCUACUGGGCGCACACAUAGUUCCAGCCUCAGCGGGAUCAGCAAAAAAAAUUGUACAGGCGGCAACCGUAGUGCUUCAGCAGAACCGCUUACCCGUAGCAGCUGCAGCAGAGCGAAGUGCAGUGCACUCCCUCAUUCCUCCACCGCUGCUACUGCCUGUGACAUGAGUAGUAGUAGCAACAAAGGCUGGAUGGCCCUCAAGUCCCUCCAGAAGCUGUUACAGCAGCACAACCUGCUGUCUUCGCCUACCUCCUUGAUGCGCAAAGACCCAGAUAUGGCAGCAGUGGCUAGCGCGAUGGAUACGGAACACUGUCACAACAAAGGCUGCUCUUUCUGGGUGCAGCUCGAGGAGAGCGCGGGGUUGUAG